AAUUCAUUCACUUAUAUAUGGCAGUACUUUUCCCAUGGACCACAUGACACACGUGCAGUGGUGCCAACCUGUCCACGUGAAAAACCGAAAAGUAACCCAUUCUGACAUUUCAUAAUACUACACACAAAAUCGAUUGUAAACAGUUCAAACCAAAUAGUGAACAAACCAAAACAAACGAUCUAUAAUGACAACAUUGCGAUAAUCGGGCAGAGACUUGAGAAUCAUCAUCACACAUCAACGACACAGCGCAAGAGGUUCGGCAGCGAGGCGAGCAAAUUUCACGUUCCCGCGGGAAAUUGGGAUUUUCUGAGAAGACACGAUGGCCCAUCGAUUGAUUGCCUCCGCGCGGCUGAUGGAGCGGUGUCUGCGGAGCACCCUGGUCGGCAAUCCGGCGAUCCGGAGACAGUUACACCACAAUUUGCAGUUGUCCCGGAACUCCGUGGGCGCGCUCGAGGAGAUUUUGAGCGCGUGGAGGAUGUUCUGUGAGAAACCGCCUCCGAAGGGCUUCGAAAAGUAUUUCCGGCCGUCGAGUGGUGCCAAGAAAGCGGCGAUGGGUGAGGAAGGAAAUAAGAAACAUUCAGACGGGAAGAGCGAUCAACCGGAGAAGCGGCAGGAGGGUGAGACCCCGAGGUCAACCGGUCAGCAGAGCGACUGGAACUUUGGGAUGUUCAGUCCGAACCAGUCGAAACAGAAGCGCGGCGGCGGAUCGGGUCGUCCAAUUGGCGGUGAGGGUGGCGACAAGGAAAAGUGGCUGCUGCUCGGCGCGCUUGGCACUGUCGCAUUCCUCGGAGCGCUGGCGUACAUGGACAUGGGUUACAAGGAAAUCGGCUGGAAGGAGUUUGUUAAUAGUUACUUAGCCAAAGGCGUAGUGGACAAAUUAGAAGUAGUUAAUAAGAAAUGGGUGCGGAUACGUCUGACGCCCGGCACAUCGCAGGAGGCGCCGGGUGUGCUCUGGUUCAAUAUCGGCAGCGUGGAUUCCUUCGAGCGCAACCUGGAGAAUGCACAGGCCGACCUCGGCGUAGAGCCAAUAAAUUACGUUCCAGUCAUUUACAGAACAGAGGUUGAGGCUGCCAGUCUGACGGGACUGCUGCCCACUUUGCUCAUCAUCGGCUUCCUAGUGUUUAUGAUGCGGCGCUCAGCGGAAAUGAUGGGACGCGGCGGUCGCAAAGGCGGCGGACUGUUCGGCGGCGUGAUGCAGUCCACGGCCAAGUUGAUCAACUCGAACGAAAUCGAUGUACGCUUCAAAGACGUCGCUGGCUGUGAAGAGGCUAAAAUCGAAAUCAUGGAAUUCGUCAACUUCCUGAAGAAUCCGCAACAGUACAUUGACUUGGGCGCGAAAAUCCCCAAGGGGGCUAUUCUCACAGGACCGCCGGGCACCGGUAAGACUUUGCUUGCCAAAGCCACUGCCGGAGAAGCAAAUGUGCCGUUCUUAACGGUAUCCGGUUCAGAGUUCUUGGAGAUGUUUGUGGGUGUAGGUCCUUCCCGUGUACGUGAUAUGUUUGCAAUGGCGCGGAAACAUGCCCCAUGUAUUCUGUUCAUCGACGAAAUCGACGCCGUGGGACGGAAGCGUGGCGGCAAAAGUUUCGGUGGUCACUCCGAGCAGGAAAACACCCUAAAUCAACUUCUAGUUGAAAUGGAUGGCUUCAAUACUAACACGAACGUCGUCGUCCUUGCUGCCACGAAUCGUAUCGAUAUCCUGGAUAAAGCCCUGUUGCGCCCGGGCCGAUUUGACCGGCAAAUAUUCGUCCCAGCGCCAGAUAUCAAAGGUCGCGCGAGUAUAUUUAAAGUACACUUGGGUCCUCUAAAGACCAAUGUAGAUAAGACCGAUCUAGCUAGGAAAAUGGCCGCGCUGACGCCAGGUUUCACCGGGGCAGAUAUAGCAAACGUCUGCAACGAAGCUGCGCUGAUAGCUGCCCGCGAUUCUAACGAAUCAAUCAUUCUAAAGCACUUUGAACAGGCAAUUGAACGUGUUAUCGCAGGCAUGGAGAAGAAAACAAACGUCCUGCAGCCUGACGAGAAGAAGACUGUGGCGUACCACGAAGCGGGGCACGCCGUGGCCGGUUGGUUCCUGGAGCAUGCCGACCCUCUAUUGAAAGUUUCUAUUAUACCCCGCGGCAAGGGACUUGGCUACGCUCAAUACCUGCCGAAGGACCAAUACUUGCUGUCGAAGGAGCAACUGUUCGACCGUAUGUGCAUGACGCUCGGAGGUCGAGUGGCGGAGGAGCUUUUCUUUAAUCGAAUCACGACCGGUGCCCAGGAUGAUCUCAAAAAGAUCACCGACAGUGCCUACGCCCAGGUCGUCCGUUACGGUAUGAACGAAAAAGUUGGAAACGUUUGCUUUGACACCUCGCAAUCUGGCGACCCUAUUUUCACGAAACCUUACUCUGAAGAUACUGCUCAGUUGAUAGACGCGGAAGUGCGCGAUCUGAUUGCUCGAGCCCACGAACGAACAACAGAAUUGUUGAAAAACAAAAAGGAAGAAGUGGCAAAAGUUGCAGAACGCCUGCUUAAAAACGAAAUUCUCAGCAGAGACGACAUGAUUGAGCUACUUGGGCCGCGCCCGUUCAAGGAGAAGUCGACUUACGAAGAGUUCGUGGAGGGAACUGGAUCAUUUGAGGAAGACACCUCCCUUCCGGAAAGUCUCAAAGACUGGAACAAGGAAAAGAGCGCAAAUACCCCACCGCCGCCAUCGCCAAGCGAUUCACCACAGAAACCAGCACCAGUCACCCCGUAAAGUACCUGAUGGAGUUUUGACCCACACUUCUUAUCCAUCAGAGUGUAAUCUCGUUGUGCCCAUCAUAGCUUCGUACUUCCUACCUUGAGUUGUUAUUUUACGCCGUUCUUGUCGCGUCCGCCAGUUCCCAACCCUUGAUUCCAGAUGAACUCUGUCUGUGACGAAACCCUUUGAAAAAUGUGAAAAGCGAGAAUACGAGCGAAAUCGUGUAUUGGUCGGGUGGCACGAUGAUGAUGUUCUUCUACGCUCCAGUCAGACUGGAGUGUACUCGGAAGCGUUGUUACAAUUACCACGGAUUAGAGAUAAUACCUGAAAAAGUUUUUAUUAUGCAAUUUAGAGACACAAAGAGAGAAAUGAUAGAACUAUAAUAAACGUAAAAUAUUUAUAGAAUUAAAUUUUGAAGUCAAA